AUGGAUCAAGCACCCCAAAGUUCUGGACAACAGCCGGGCAGGCAGCCGCCGCCCAUAUACGACACGAGGAAUGGUGGGCACUAUGGCGCUAGUGCGGCGCUCGCCGCACAAGGAUUCGCACCGGUCGCCGAGCUCUAUACAGGUACAUGGGCAAAUGUCAACCAAGGCUUACAAGGGACUGCCCGUGAUAUCUUGACAACGUACUGGCAGCACGUAAUCAACCAUUUGGAAUCCGACAACCAUGAUUAUAAAAUCCAUCAACUCCCGCUUGCCCGGAUCAAAAAGGUCAUGAAGGCCGAUCCGGAGGUGAAGAUGAUCUCUGCGGAAGCUCCUAUCCUGUUUGCCAAAGGCUGCGACGUCUUCAUCACCGAGUUGACCAUGCGGGCAUGGAUUCACGCCGAAGACAACAAGCGGCGGACACUACAAAGAUCGGAUAUCGCAGCCGCUUUAUCCAAAUCCGAUAUGUUUGAUUUCCUGAUUGAUAUAGUACCGCGAGAGGAAGCUACGUCACAUGCAAAGCGGUCAAGCCAAACAGCAGGUGCGCCGGCCGGAGCUGCUGGGCCUACCCCUGCGGGUCAAUUGCCGCCAACCCAGCAUGGCGUCCAGCAUCAUCCUCACCACAUGGCACCGCCGGACUAUGGCUCCUUGACACAACACCCUCUUCAGGAUCCGGAGUACCGACAGCAAGCUAUAUACGGGGGAGCUGUGCAGUCAGAUCCGACAGCCGCGUAUGCGCAGCCUCAAUCUCAGAUGUUUGAGGGAAUGUAUACUGCGUAUCCUCACCUUCCUCCCCAGCAGGUAUGUCCACCUUGA